AUGGCGACUGCAAUUUAUUUGGAACAUUACCUUGACAGCAUUGAAAACUUGCCAUGCGAGCUACAAAGAAACUUCACUUUGAUGCGGGACCUCGACAAUAGGACAGAAGAAAAAAAGGCAGAAAUUGAUAAAAUGGCAGAAGAAUAUAUUUUGAAUGUGAAAAACUUUGCGUCAGAGCAACGAGUGGAUCACCUGCAGAAGAUACAAAAUGCUUAUAGCAAAUGCAAAGAGUUUAGUGACGACAAAGUCCAGCUGGCAAUGCAGACCUAUGAAAUGGUGGACAAACACAUUCGCCGUUUGGAUGCAGAUCUUGCAAGAUUUGAGAACGAGCUUAAAGAAAAACUUGAAGUCAGUGGCUAUGAGAGCGCUGAAGGAAGAAGCUCUAAAAAGGUAGAAUCCAGUCAAAAGCGUGGGUCUAGAGGAAGAGUGAGAAAAGUUUCUGAGGAAGAUUCCCCAAGAAAGAAAAAGAUAAAAAGUCCAGACUUGAGCGACGCCCUUCUACCCAUGCAGCCAUCGGAUGUCCUGGACAUGCCAGUUGAUCCAAAUGAGCCCACGUACUGUCUGUGUCAUCAGGUGUCCUAUGGAGAGAUGAUUGGAUGCGAUAAUCCUGAUUGUCCGAUUGAGUGGUUUCACUUUGCAUGCGUCGAUCUGGCCACAAAACCCAAAGGGAAAUGGUUUUGUCCAAGAUGCACUCAAGACAGAAAGAAGAAAUAA